CCGACCUACCUACCAGUGGACCGUGGGCUCGCUCUCAGCGAAGACUUCUCGUCGUUUCUUUAUUCUUGCGCCCGGGGAUUUAUUCGCGAGAGGUGUCGUAUGCAGGCAAUUUUAAAGUCCAGUUAUAGCCAGCUCGAUCGGCGUCCAAUUCUUCGCCUUCUCCAUCGAGUUCCCGGCGCGAGAUGGUUUCAGCGUUUCUUGAGCCGCGUUCUUGAGUCCUAAGCAACACCGACGACUUCCGGAUGGCAUUGGGCCGCCUCCUCGUGAGGCUGCUGAUGGUCGUCGCGAGCGUGCUGCCGGCAAGCGCGAACGCCGGGCUCGCGGUCGGGUUCUACAACGAGUCGUGCCCGCAGGCGGAGGACCUGGUGCUCGCCGAGAUGCGGGCAAUCGUCGAGAAGGACAAGACCCUCGCGCCGGCGCUGCUGCGGUUCAUGUUCCACGACUGCUUCGUCAGGGGGUGCGACGGAUCGAUCAUGCUCAUCUCGCGGAACGGGAAGGGUGAGAGGGACGCCAUCCCGAGCUACAGCCUCCGCGGCUACGACGAGGUCGAGCGGAUCAAGGCCAAGCUGGAGGAGGUGUGCCCGCUCACCGUGUCGUGCGCGGACAUCAUCGUCAUGGCGGCCCGGGACGCCGUGCACCUGAGCAAUGGGCCGCGGUACGCGGUAGAGACCGGACGCCGGGACGGCAAGGCGUCGUCAGACUUCGACACCAACAACGACCUCCCGCCCCCCAGCACCAACAUUGUCGACCUCAAGACCUACUUCAGCGUCAAGAGCUUGGGCUGGAAGGACCUCGUCGUCCUAUCAGGAAGCCACACGAUAGGGAAGGCGCAGUGCUCCACGUUCGCGGGGGACCGGCUGUACAACUACAGCGGGAAGGGGGUGCAGGACCCGUCGCUGAACAAGACGUACGCGGCGGACCUGAGGCAGGCGUGCGAGGCCGGCGUCCCCGAUGACAAGACGCUGGUGGAGAUGGACCCCGGGAGCCCCUACACCUUCGACCUGGAUUACUACCGGGACGUGUACAGCAACACGAGCCUCUUCGUCUCCGAUCAGGCGCUCCUGGACGACCAGUGGACCAGGGAGUACGUGGCGCGGAUGGCGACCGCGGCGUCGCUGGACGAGUACUUCGCCGACUACGCGACCGCCAUGACCAACAUGGGCAGAAUCGAGGUGCUCACGGGCGACAACGGGGAGAUCAGGAAGGUCUGCGGCGCGUACGUUGACUAAAAGCAAAGGCAGGCUAGCGAUUGAUUGGUUGAUUGAUGUGAGCUGGUGCAAGUGGUGGACUGGAUCGGUCGUCACGUGGCCAUGACAACGUGGGAGCCAUCCAGACUGCACUCGCGUUAUUCUACUCGGGUGGUGAUUACAGAAUUGACGUCGCCAUGAGGCGGGAUGUGUUCUUACCCCGGAAAAAGAAAGAAACUGUGUGUAGGCUGCAUGUAAAAAGUCAUCUCUUUUGUUCUUCACCUUGCGCCUCCAUUAAUCGUUUGCUGAGGUGCGUGAAGAGUUUUGUUACUCGUUCACACGAUGACUAAGUAAUGGCGGCUACUGUCUUAUUUUACAAAAACAAAUUGAUGCCAUCUGGUGUUCUGUGUUGAAUAACAUUAUCGGUGGUAAA